ACAUUUUUUGCCCACAUCAGCUUCCAACAGAGAAAAGAGAGUAGAAGGGGGGGAAAAAAACAAGCAAAACCCCACCGACUUUCCUCAUGGCUGCCAAAAAGGGUCUUGAAAGAGCUUGCCUUGUGAGUAAGACGGACACCAAGAAGUACUCCUUGGCCCUAGACAGGAUGAGCUGGCAUCAGAAGAAUUUAAAUGAAGAGAGGCAGCAGCAGGAAGCAGAAGUUACUGAAGCUAAUCCAGCAUAUCACUGUCACGGCUACCCACAGGCCUAUGAGAACAGAAAAAGGGAGCAGCAUCAAGCCAGGAGGAAGCUCUGUGUAGCAUCAGUAAUUUGCAUCUUCUUCAUGAUUGCUGAGAUUACAGGUGGGCAGAUUGCGGGGAGCCUGGCAGUGAUCACUGAUGCGGCACACAUCCUGGUGGACCUGACAAGCUUCCUCAUCAGCCUCUUCUCACUGUGGCUUGCCUCCAGACCUCCAACCAAACAGCUGACUUUCGGGUGGCACAGAGCAGAAAUUCUGGGAGCUUUGCUGUCUAUGAUAAUCAUUUGGAUGGUGACUGGUGUGUUGAUAUAUUUGGCUAGCUUGAGGCUGCUACACCCUGAUUACGAUAUUGAUGCUACUGUGAUGCUCAUUACCUCUGCUUGUGCCGUGAUCGCCAACAUCCUACUAAGCCUGAUUCUGCACCAGGCUGGCCACAGACACAGCCAUGGGGCACAAGCCAGGGGACAUGUGUCAGCCCCUCUGGAAAAGCCAGCUCUGAGCAAUGCCAGCCUGCGGGCAGCCUUUGUGCAUGCCAUCGGAGAUCUAUUCCAGAGUCUUAGUGUGCUAAUUAGUGCACUUAUUGUCUUCUUUAAGCCAGAAUUCAAAAUAGCUGAUCCAAUCUGCACAUUUGUGUUUUCCAUCUUUGUUUUGGCAACGACCAUCACCAUUUUAAGGGAUAUUUUGAUUGUGUUAAUGGAAGGAACAUCAAAAGGAUUUGCUUAUGAUGCAGUGAAGGCAAGAAUUUUGGCAGUUGAGAAAGUGGAGUCUAUUCACAACCUUCAUCUUUGGUCUUUGACAAUGAACCAAACUAUUCUAUCUGCUCAUGUUGCCACAGCAGACACGGUGGACAGCCAGAAGAUUUUGAGAGCUAUUACCCAAGCACUGUUUGAGCACUACAGCUUCCACUCCAUUACCAUUCAGAUUGAAUCAGGAGAGGAUCAGAAACAUGACUGCAUCUUCUGCCAAGAGCCCAGGGAUUAAAGGGAGUGGUAUGCUAUGCAUCCCUCUUACAGGUCAAUGGAGACUACGUAUGCUGGUUAUACAUAAUUGAUUAACAACAAAUGGUAAUUAACUGAACUAAAAAGCCCUGCCCCUGCAAACAGCGGAUGGACCUUUAUUUGUUGGCACCACCUAACAGCAGAGAACAUGUAUUAGAUCCAUCCAUCAGCUAGAUUACCUGUCCGUCAGCGGUUACUUUCAGUUACAAGAGAAAGUAUCUAAAUUAUUCUUGACUAGAGCAGCAGAUUGGAACUAAAGCAAUAUUUAAGCGUGCCUGUUUGUAAUCACAGGUAACAAAAAACUAAUUAACCUUCAAAUUACCUGCAGACCAAUUAGCACAAAACGUAAUGAAACGUAAGUUUGGUGUCACCAAAGAUCAACACUUAGGAUAAAAGAGAAAAUUUAAAUUAUCAGGAGGGAUGAAGAGAUCUGGGAAAGAAAAAGAUGGUGGCAUGUGCUUUCUCUGCCUUUUGGCGGACACUCCUCCUGCACACUAAGAUGAGUAUCAGAUGUGCACCAUACUCUUCAGCAUAGAUCACAAAAGAAUUCACUCCAUUCACGUUUGGCAAAUAUCUCUUUAGUUUUUAGCUACCCCUAUCUAUUUUUCAAGCAUGGGCAGUAUUGUCUACUAUCAAGACAACCCAUAACUUGUAUCACACUGCAUCAUGAUAAGUUGUGAUGGAAUAGAAGUGAUAAAUGCUCCAUCCCUGGCAGUGUUCAAGGCCAGGUUGGACAGAGUCUUGGGUGACAUGGUCUAAUGUGCUGUGUCCCUGCCCAUGGCAGGUGGGUUGGAACUAGAUGAUCUUAAGGCCCUUUCCAACCCUAACUAUUCUAUGAUUCUAUGAUUUUGGGGUGUCUGUGUCACGAAGUACCUCUGGGUCAUGACAAUAAAAUAUACCAGAAAAAAGAAAAAAUAAUUAGGACAAGGAAAAACUAGGGACAAUUGUGAACAUCAUGUCUAGUGUCCUUCAUAGUAUGGCCUGUGGGGUGUUACCCAGUAAUGCUACACCCCUGAAGUUAUAUCAGAUAAUUAAAAAAACCUUCAGUGUAUCACACAGCUAUUCACUGUAGCAUGCUCCUUCAGGCAGCUGAUACCUACAUUUCCUAACAGGAUGUGUUAAGUCUUUCUCUUCAGCAUACCUGAUAAUGGUUACUGCAGAACUGUGAGCAAAGAGUCACAUCUUCCUGCAGUGCCUCUAUUUGUGUCCAACUAACUGAAUUAAACUCUUACCUGUUAUCAAAAACAAGUGUUGCACUACAAAAUGCAUGCUUAAGUGCUUCUUCACAAAACAACUUCAAUUCCGCCCUUGACCAUAAUAGUGCAGCUUCACUUUCCAUGCAGAACUAGCUGUAAUAUUUUCCUGCUCCACAAUCCUCAUUCCUACAGCUGAAGGGCUCAUUUUAACUAGCAGGUUUGUUUGUUAGAACAGAAUAAGAUAUGUGGUACUGAGUGGUACUGAGUUUCUAGGCUGACAGCUGGAAAAAGCAUUGUGUUAUUAAGGUAUAAAGAGGCCUUGCUUUUCAGGAAACUCAGUUUUAUUUGCAAUAGUUUCACAUUGGUUUUCUACUUUAUCAUCCUAAGGAGAUUAGAAUUUAUUAUUAGGGCUUUUGGCUAUGGAUAAUACGUAACUAUGUGAUGAUAGAUUGAUGUAUUAAGCCGGCAUUUGUUACCUGGUAGGGAAACAAGAAAUUAUUCUGCUUUGUGGAGGCAUCCCAGAAGAUUGUAGUCAGAUAAACCUCCCGCUGAAAACAGAUAAAGGUAUUAAAACACAACACCCGCUAAGAAUUUCAUGAGUAUCUCACUAUUUACUGUCUUGAAAGAACUGAGACCAUAGCAAUGGUAUUCUGUACAGUGAUAAAGACAAUUCUUGCCCUUUACAGCUGAAACUCCAAAUGAUAAGACACAGAUAAAUCAAAGCACAGCAAGAAACAUUAAAUGAAGAAAUUAACUUAUAUUUUGGGCAGUUUCUCUGCUGGUAUAUUUUAGCAUAGUUGCCUCCUACCAAAGGCAACUCAGCUGUGCUUGUUAAGUAACCUGAGCAUCCUUUUCUCUGGUUCAGGAGGACAAGUUAAAAGUGUGGCCUUUGUACGGAAUAAAAAAGUAUUUCAAAAUGUUUUGAAUAAGAUGAGGGCACAGAAUCAGAUGUAAUAGGGAAUUCUGGGGAACAGAUUUAUGGUCAAGGAUAAUGUAAAAAAUAAUGAGUAGGUGACAGAACCAUCCAUAUAGGACACAGAUUCGGAUCUGAGAUUUAGGCUGAGGGGAAGAUUAAGACCAGGAGUUUAAGAGCAAGUCUUGAUUUUGGAAAAAAAUUAAACAGACAAAUGACAUGGUCUACCAAGAAAGCUGUGCUGAGCAACAGAGCUGUGGAAAAGCUGGAUGGAAGCAACACAAGAGGUGCUGGAAAAAAGAUUUAUGAGCCAUGACAAGAACUGAUGGAGCUGUUGUCCAAGUGAAUUGAAAGGACGGGGAAGUCUUUCAUUAUGUUUUGGGAAAAGGAGCACAGAAAUAUAGAGGCAUGAGGGAAGAAGGAGUUAAUCCAAAAUAAUGGUCCUUAAUUACAGGGGGUGUGGGAACGUUGUAAAAUAGAAAGUUUAAGGAGGAAGUGGGGUAGCAACUGCCAUCCACAGUUGCUAUGUGGACCAGUGAUCCACCAGACUCUCAGAAUGGUAGCCUGAGUAUACGAGUAGUAAAGGGCAAGGCGGGAAUGGGGAGGAAGAGGAGAAGUCUGUGUUCGUUAGCAGCAGUAGACCCUGUAUUUCAGGAAAAAGAAUUCAACCGUUCAACCAUGUAUUUUUAGCAAAAGCUAGAGACAGUGCAAUUGCCUUUACUUUCUGAUGUGGAAUUUGCUCUAGCAGACCACUGUAGCAAAAGUAAUGCAAUGGCUUAUGAAAACCUAGGGGAAUUUUACCUAAAUACUAGGAUAGAUUGAAGAAGAAUUUAGAGCAAAUAUUUACCUGUAGUUAUGAAUAUUGCUACAAGGAGCUGAAUCUUUAAUGCUCCCACUAUGUAUAUGAGUGUAAAAUGCAUAUUUGUUCUUCAUCCCCGUUUAGUCUGAUCUGCAGGGAUUUUAUCCUGUGGAUAAGGUACAAGGUUGCAGAAUACUGUCUGGCUGGCUGGGAAGGAUUUCUGCAGAAAUGCUACUGCCAUAUUCAGAGGUCAAGGCUGAGAAAUUCAGAGGCAAUUUCUAGACUUCUCUGCUUUUAUUAACUUUACAUCCUUUUGAUUGUCUGCAAAAUAACUGUAAGAAAAUUGGCAAAAUUUGCUAUCUCUAAAUCAUUCUUGGAACUAGUGUGAAACAGAAGAGUAUUUGUCAUGUAAGUGGUCUGUUUUCUAUGUCUGACUUUUUUCGGUGGAGUUCAGUUCAUAUGGGCAAGUACAUGGCUUUACUGGAUAGCACUGAAAUUUUAGGUAGUAUAUAUAAUAAUUUUGUGCUGAUUUUUAAAGUAGUCAUUUUGCAGCUUGUAAAUUUUAUAGUUCUUCUUUCCCUCUGAAAUUACUUUCUCUUUCGCACUUACAACAACCAGAAUCUAGCACACUGAGCAGAGCCUGAGGCUGUGGACUUUGUGGAAGCUCAAGACUUUUCAGAGCAGAAACCAUGAAAUGGGCAAACGCAAAGCUAAACUUUCCUCAUCCAGCACUGACAAAGGGCUGAAGUGCCAAUAUUAUCCUGAGAUCACCAGGUAGCCUGGAAAAGGAUGAAAGGAGUAUUUGUAAUUAUUCAUUAUAAUUACUCAUAAUUAUUCAAACUGGAAACAGUUAAGGCACAAAUCUGUCAUCAGCAUCAAUGGAACAGUUCCUUACUGUAACUAUAGUUGUAGACUUCAUUCUGUGUUAUCCUGUCUGAAAUGUGAUGUGAACUUAUGAGAAUUGGGUAUGAAAUUGAUGAUUAUAUUGCCCACUUAGUGUGAGACAUCAGAACAGUAAUACAUCAUGUCCAGAGGAAGGCCAAACAAGAUGUCCCAGUGCUGCCCAUGGCAGCAAAUGGUGGCCUAAGCAAUGAAGACUGUGUAGGUCUGCAAUAUCAUUCUUGCCAAUGUCAAGGGGUUAUAUCAAACAAUUUUGGCUCUGUUGUAAAAGCUAGCAUGUUCCAACAUGCUUUCCUCAGUGCCUUCCCCUCAGCCAUAGCAAUGUUCCCCUUCCUUUUUCAUCCCCUUUGACUCUUGUACCCUUCUAAUCUCUGCUCUUCUACUUUUCCCCAUUUGUCUUUUAUCAGCAAUGCCUCAACUGGCUGCCUAUUCAAAUUUCAAUGCCAGCAUGACAUUUAUUACAUAUCCUUUCUGCUUACAGCCCUUCUUAUUCCCCUUCAACCUGUGUGGUUAGAUAAAAGCUCCUCAGAAAGAAACCCUUUUGCUCUGUGUUUGUUGAAAACAUGAUAUAACGGACCAUCUUUUUUCAUUUGAAUCUAUUGUAAGCACAGUAAUAACAGGGACUUAAAACCAAAGAACAACAUCACAUAUUGGCCCAUGUCAAGCACCACUGUCUAUUUACUUUGUAUUAAAGUUAUUUAGAAAUUUCACAGCCAAAAAAUUAUCUGAGCUGCCUCCAGCUUAAGGUACUCUUUCAUGUUUUCAAGCCUGCUGAUAAUCUCUUUCAGCUAAGAAAAGUAAAAUCCUUUCCCAGCUGAGUACACACAGUUUAAGCAAGAAAGAAUUAGAGACAUCCAGUUGCUUAGCUGCCUCCUUUGACUUCUCUCUGCUCGGACUUUGUGCUGGUCGAUGUCUUCUAGCAAGAAUGCACUGCUGCAGAGGAAGUUUUGGAGAGCGGCCCAGUGAGAACAGUGGCUGGAAUGGAAGCACAACAGAGUUGUUUCACAUGGUUACUAGUGCACAUUCAGAAUUUUCCAUCCCAGGUGCUAUGAUGAUGAGAAAUCUUCUGCUUUUCACUACAGUCCUGGAACUAAAACAAACAAACAAACAAACAAUUAAAAGAAAUGAAUGAACAGAAGAUAGCAUGUUGCGAAACAUUCCUGGUGGCAUCAGAGGCAUU